CAGCGGUGCGAGGUGCGGAUGUCCCCGCAGUCCCGAGCUCCGUGUGCGACAGGCGGCCCGGGUCCGCUUUCUGCGAGGCAGCCCAAAACACCGCCGCUCCCCCGGGCAGAGGCUGCCCGAGCUCCCCGCGCCGGGGAAACUGAGGCAGAGCGCGAGAGCGGCCCCGCGCCUCACGGGCAGGGGAGGACCUGGGACUGCCACGUGCCCUGCCCGCCGGUUGCUCAACCCACGCCCGCCCCCACCCGCCCCCGCAGCCGCUUUCACAACUCCGGCGCCAGAUUGGAGCGGCAGUUCCUCAAAUGCUCCCGGGGCGCGUGUGCGAGGGGUGCUGAGGCCGGGCCGGGCCGGGGAUGCCGGGCGGAGCCGCCGCCUGCUCCCCGCGCCCGCGGCUCCCGGCGCUCGGCGCCGCGCUCCUGGCCUCGCUGCUGGUGGCGGCGCGGGAGGGGCCGCAGCGGGGCCGCUGCCCGCAGCCAGCCGUCCCCCCCGGCACGGUGCUGAGCGCGGCGGGAGCCAACGUGACCUUGACCUGCCCACGGGCGCUGCAGAGCAACGGCUCGGUGUGGUGGCAGCCCGAGGGCCGGGUGCCGGGCUGGGCCUCGGGACGCAGGGAGCUGCGGGACACCAGCCUGGUGCUGCCCGCGGUGCGGCCCGAGGACUCCGGGCGCUACGGCUGCCGGGCGGGAGGGCGACUGCUGCACACCGUGCAUCUGCUGGUGGACGAGCCCCCGGAGCCGCCUCGUGUGUCCUGCUCCCGGCGCAGCCACCAGAAGGACAUCCUGUGCGAGUGGCAGCCACGGGCCAGGCCCUCGCCCAGCACCCGGGCCGUACUGUGGGUGAAGAGGGCCCCGGGGGCCAACGCCACGGAGCAGCGGUGCCGCUUCUUCCCGCGGGCGCACCGGUUCGUGUGCCGGAUCCCGAUGCCGCCCGUGGACGACGACAAGCUGCUGCACGUCUCGGUGUGCGUGAGCAACGGCGCAGGCAGCGCGGCCAGCGCAGACCGGCUCUUCUCGGCCAACAGCGUCCUGAAGCCGGACCCGCCCGUGAACUUGACCGUGGAUCCCGUGGAGGCCGCGCCGCAGCAGCUGCGCCUGAGCUGGACCUACCCCCCGUCCUGGGACGCCAGCUUCUACCAGCUGCGCUUCCAGGUCCGCUACCGCGCCGAGCCCUCCGGAGCCUACGCCCAGGUGGACGGGCUGAAGGACACGUCCCUGGUGAUCCGCGAUGCCCUGAGGGGCGCCCGGCACUGGGUGCAGGUGCGGGCCCGGGAGGAGUUCGACCUGGGCGAGUGGAGCGAGUGGAGCCGGGAGGCCGUGGGCAGCCCGUGGGCAGACCCGCGGGAGCAGGAGGCGAUCACGGCGUGGGAUGAGGGGCUCUACGGCGCGGGAGGGUCGCUACUGCCCGAGCUCCUGGGGAGCGCGGACGCGGAGGACGUGAACACGCCCGAGCCCGCGCCCGACGGCCCCUCGGCCGUGUCCCUGUACACGCUGCUGGCGGCCGGGGGCAGCCUGCUGCUGGGCGCCGUCCUCUUCACCGGCAUCGUGCUCAGGUACAGACGCCGCUGGCGGAAGGAGCCCCGGGGCCGGGGCAAGCCAGGCACGGAGGCGCUGCCCGCGGAGCCGCCGCCCAGCCCCAGCUCCCCGCUGAGCGACGUCCCGCUGCUGCUGCCGCUCGCCUCGCCCGGCCCCUACGACGUGGCCAACAUGGACUAUUUCUUCACCCCCCGCGCCUGGUGAGCGGCUGGCCGCCGUCGGGGCUGUGCGCGCCGCGCCGCGCCGCGCCGCGGGGACCCGGCUCCCACUGCCCGGGCCCGGCCCCCGCCGCCCGGGCCCGGCCCCCGCCCCGCUCCGGUCCCCUGGGCCUCGCUGCUGGGGCUGGAGCGCCUGCCCUGCCUUGGUACUGCUUGCAUGGGGAAAGAGCUGGUGCCGACCCGAUGCCUGCGCUGGGGCCCGGCCUGCCCCUAUGCUCCGAGCCCCGUCCUCCUCCCCUGUUCCUGCAGAGCCCGGGCGGGCACAGAGCCCCCGGCCGGGGGCAGUGGCAGGGCUGAAGCCCGCAGCACUCCACGCGUGCUCGGCUGCUGGAAGGGGCGGCGAAGGGGGCCCGGUGCUCCCUGAGCCGUCGCGGGGUAUUUUCGGUAGUGAUUUAUUUUUUUACGGGGGGGCGGGGAAUAAAGUGCUGUGAACAACCAA